CCAUGGGGCUACCACGAGUGGUUUAGUGGCAGGGCUCCUUGUUGUGAGACACUCCAGCACUGUGUGCAGUGUUUCGCAAUCCCACCUGGACACACCUGUGGAGAAAAACUCCAAUGAGGGAUGUCCCUGAGCUGUGCUGUGCUGGCACUGGGGUCAACUGGGAAGCAGCAGCCAUUCCCUUCCCAGGCAGCCAGGGUGUCCAGGCCGGGUUGUGGCUUUUCUCUCUUUCAUUGCUUGAGUCACCUGGAGAGGACACAGCAGCCACCCUGAAGGACGUGUCACUUCUGCUGAGCACUGUGUCCAGUGCUCACUGCUCAUGAAUGUUCUCACUCACCUGUUUACAGGAGACCCUACAACAAAACCUAGAGCAAACAAACCCUGCUUAUAGCCCUGGGUCUCCUUGCAGUGCCCAUUCCCCUCCUUAGCCCUACAAGUGCUGCGUGCCAGCUCUGAAUGUGAAACAAAGGGAACACUGACGAUGCAGCUGGGGCUCAUCCAGGGGAGUGCUGAACUCCUUCAGGAUCCCAGAGGAGGAGAGCAUUCAUCCGUUACCACCCCCAUGUCGCCUGUCCUGUGGGGCCACAGCUCCCUCACGUGCCCUGUCAAACAUUAACCCCUCUUGGCAAGGCAGGUGGCACAGGCUGACUGCAGGACACAGGCAGCAUGGCGUUCAGCUCCCGCCUCACCUCACCACUCCGGCCAGCCCUGGCAGCCCUGCGCCGGGGGCUCAGCACUCCGCUGGGACCACAGCCCAAGCUCGACCUCGGGGGCAUCUUCCCACCCCUCACCACUCCGUUCUCACCCACACAAGAGGUGGACUAUGGCCAGCUGGAGGGGAACCUGAGUCACUAUGCCAGCAUCCCCUUCCGAGGGCUGGUGGUGCUGGGCUCCAGCGGGGAGUUCCCCCUACUGGCACCCCAUGAGCGCCUGGAGCUGGUGAGCCGUGUACGCCGUGCUUUGCCCAGGGACCGCCUGCUACUGGCAGGCUCGGGCUGCGAAUCUACUCGGGCCACCAUCGAGCUGACGGGCAGCAUGGCAGAGGCAGGGGCUGACGCUGCACUGGUCGUGACACCCUGCUACUACCGGGGAGCCAUGAGCAGCGCUGCGCUGGUGCGGCACUACACUGAGGUGGCCGAGGCAUCCCCGGUCCCCGUGGUGCUCUAUAGUGUGCCUGCCAACACCGGUCUGGAGCUGCCACUGGAGGCUGUGCUCACCCUGGCUCAGCACCCCAACAUCAUCGGCAUCAAGGACAGUGGUGGGGAUAUCACUCGCAUAGGGCUGAUUGUCCACAAGACGCAGCAGGAGGAUUUCCAGGUGCUGUCAGGGUCAGCUGGCUUCUUGCUGGCAAGCUAUGCCGUAGGUGCCUCUGGGGGGAUCUGUGCCCUCGCCAACGUUCUGGGGGCUCCUCUGUGCCAGCUGGAGCACCUGUGCCGCCAGGGCCGCUGGCCUGAAGCCCGUGAGCUGCAGCAGCGACUCAUUGAGCCCAAUGCAGUGGUCACUCGCCGGUUUGGGAUCCCAGGACUGAAGAAGGCCAUGGACUUGUUUGGCUACUACGGUGGCCCCUGCCGUGCACCCCUGGCACCACUAAGCCCAGCCCAGAUAGAGGAGCUGAGAGGCACAUUCAGCAUCAAUGGGUGGUUGUGAGCCCAACCCAUCCCUGCUGUGCAGGCAGCACCAUCUGACCCUGCUCCUUCCUGCGCCUGGAAACUGGGGACCACUGGGAGCUGAGGAUGCGUUAGAGACAGCAGUAUGUGGCCAGGAGGAACACACUCAUCUCACUCUUUCCUGCUGGACAGGGCUUGUGGAGGAAAAACCCAACACCUUAGUGUGUCCCAGAUUGGGCAUGCACUGGCCAUGCCAGACCCCUGGAAAACCCACUCUGGGCUCAGGCAGGAGCCCCCCAUCCAUGUGGGUGCCUGUCUGAGGUACUGCAGAUUCCCACCAUCCCUUCGGGUUUGGAUGCCCCACAUUGACCCAGUCACCCUUCCGAGCACUAUGAAUAAAUCUGCUGCCUCUCCUCUG